AUGGGACUGGACCAGUCUCUUUGUACUUCUAUUCUCUUUCUUGCUCUUCUCGUCUCUUCUACUCACAUGAUCGUUGCCCAACCUGUAAAUGUUUUGAUGGCCAACUUGUCAAGUUCUUGGACCAACUUGCCAUUGGAGAAUAAAACAAACAUAGAUUUCACAGCAUUUAGUAUUGUUCUUAUUGGAGGCGGCUUUGCCCCAAAAUUUUUCUGUGGCUUCUAUUGCGAAAAGUUUCAAAACUAUAGUAACGACAAAUGCCUCUUCUCUGUUGUUAUUACCUCCCCGGAUCAAGAUUAUUGGGGUACUAAUGAUUCCAUGUUAAUUUCCCCGACAGUCGUCUGGUCCGCUAAUCGAGACAGCCCUGUUGAUGUUAAUGCAGUGCUGAAACUCACAGAUGAUGGAGAUUUGGUGUUGGAAGAUGAAGAUGGAACCUUUGUUUGGUCAACAAACACAAGUGGUAAGCAGGUUUCUGGCAUGCAUUUGACAGAAAUGGGAAACCUUGUGCUUUUCGACUCGAACAAUGCGAGGGUUUGGCAGUCAUUUGAUCACCCGACAGACUCCUUAGUCUUCGGGCAGCAAUUAUUUUCCAGCCAGAAGCUGACAGCUAGCUUAUCGACAUCAAAUCCGAGUCGAGGUAUACAUUCGCUUGCUGUUGACGAUGGAAGUUUGGUUGCUUACAUAGAGUCCAACCCACGACAGGUAUAUUUUGAAGAUGAAAACCAAUAUACCUCUGUCCAACUCGAGAAUGGAAGCUUCGGUUCAUUCAAAUUUUCUCCGGCGGCAACAACCCAAUUCGUCAAGUUGGAUCCCAAUGGUCAUUUAAGUGUUUAUGGGUGGACAGGACGAGGAAUAGGCUGGGAACCAGUUGAGGAUCUCCUGUCUCGAGAUGUUUCGAGAUGUUUAUAUCCUAUGGUGUGUGGAAAAUACGGGAUUUGUUCAAAUGAGCAGUGCAGGUGUGCUGAACCCGUUCCGGGCGAAAAAUCCUUUUUCAAUCAAACAGAUUUUAGCCAGCCCAACCAUGGUUGUUCCCUAUUAACCCCUCUUUCUUGUUAUGAUUCUCAACAUUAUAGUCUUUUGGAGUUGAAGAACACAACUUACUUUGGUUUCAAGUCAAACCUAAACGAUGAUGAGAGAAUAGAGGUGGAGGAUUGUAAGAACACAUGUUUGAACAACUGUUCUUGCAAGGCUGUUGUGUUUAUGUCUGAUUGGGGUUCUUCAAAUGGAGUUUGCCAUUUACUAUAUGAAGUCUUUUCUCUUAAGGACAUGAGUGGUGAAGUUAUGUCUCAAAAUUCCUGUGUGUUUCUCAAAGUUUCGCUUUUUUCACCAAGACGUAUUCCAAUCAUAUUGGGAUAUAUUCUCGGAACUGUCUUUGGUAUGCUGAUUCCGGCUGGUGCUUGUUUUUUAAUUUUCAAAAGGAUUACCAAAUCCAAUGAAGUUGUGGAGGAUUAUUCUUACCAAGUACCGAGGGAAAAAAAUGUAAACAAGGGAAAUAAAGAAAUAUGA